GUUUGGCGAACCGUGGGUCUGGCGAUUCUGCUUGUGUUGUAUUGCUGGUCACUACUUGCCAUCAGCUAUGGGCGCCAUGCAUUUUGGUGGGCUUUCAGCUGUAUCAGUGCUGGUUUUCUUCAUUCAGACAGCGGCCGCUCACGAGUGUUACGUGUGCGUCGGCCAGGCGGGCAACGGCGGCAAGUGCACGGAGACGGUGGCGCUGUGCGAGUACGAGGAGAAGUCCUGCAUGACCACCGUCAGCUGGGGGAGCACCCCCGGUUGGCGGCUCGGCGUGCCGAUGAUGCACUUUGUGUCGAAACAGUGCGCCACCGACGUGCAAUGCGAGAGGAUGCGCAUGCACAAUAUGCCGUUCUGCACGCGCAUCUCGUACGAGGACUGGCGGUGCACCUCCUGCUGUAAAGGCGACCGCUGCAACUAUUACAUCAUCGACGGCGCUGGGUCGCUGCAGGCGGCCGUCUUGCUGGUGUCGGCCUCGCUGGGCCUGCUCGUGCUGCACGGCCGGCUGUUGUGAGCGCGUCGCCGCGGCUCAGCCGCCUCGGCCACUGCCGCGUCACACCCGGAGAGGCCCUGUGCGCCGCCGCGCGGCGUACGUGAAGCCUCGGGCGUGGUAGUGCCAUGUGCGCAAUGUGCAGUGGUGUAUGGGACGCUGUGAGAGAUGCUGCUUGGGUGGAUAUAUGCCAAGUGGCCCUGCCGGAGGGAUGGAAUCUCGUGCUGUUGUGACGUAUCUUUUUAGCUUUAUAGCUGGUUGUACCUAGCGCAUCGCUUUAGACAUAGUCCAGCCUUCUAUGUUUCAGUUAUGCCAUCAUUUUAUUCCUGGCUUAACUUGUGCAUUCAUACGUCUGUUUGGUGCCUUCUGUCAAUCUAUCCAUCGGCUUUUGAUCACAUUUUAUCUCCGCCGUCAUUCCAUGCGAAGAUUUUGUGUGCUUACUGCAUACAUCCUGAAACGAUAACGGCAUUGAGUUGUCGAUGGUCCGUAUGCUUUCUCUGUGAAAUGUACUACGUUGAAUGGAAAAAGGCGAUAGAACGUUUCAUCGCACGGCACUGCGUCCAGCUGCAAUAGUUUCGCGCACGAGAGCAGCUUAUUUACCAUCCAGUUUGCAACUGAAUGUGUUACAUUCCAUUGCGAUAUAGCAAGUCUUGCUACAAACUCCCCUUUGAAAUUUCGAUUUCGAGGUAAAGCACUGGGUAAAAAAUUACUUUUGACGGGGAGAAAUAGCUGAGUCGUACGCGUGGAGAACUCCUGCACGGAAAGCCCGGGUUUUAUCCUCGGAUAAAGUCAUUGCCUCCUGGCGUUUGAGCGCCCGUUGGUGAUGGCACGUCGUGUCUGUUAAAAACUGUUACUGUGCUCUUGCCAGAGAACUGGCGUGACACGUCGCGCAUGCGGAUUAGUGCGUUAGUGUUUUCAUAGUCUCUUUACAAUAGCGUGUCACAUUGUCUUACGUGCUCUUUGUCUCUGCGUAUUUACCUCGUGCGUGUGUUGAAGCCUCGUAUUUCUGCAUAUUGUAUCGGCGUAUUUAUAGAAAGCGCCAUCAGAAGUCUCGAAUGAACAUUCCAUCUUCAUCACAUUGAAACCUAGAUGUGCCUGCUCAUCACAGAACCGUCCAAGAUAUACGCGAUUGGUAGCUGAGUGUUGCACCGAAGUCGCGACAUUCGCGAGUUCAGCCGUCUCGGCCCGAGUAUGUGUCUCGUGAACAUGAACAUACCUGAGGCAUCUCGUGUGAGGCGUACCGUGUGUCGAACAAAUGAGCGCUGACGAUGCAUUCUUCAAUGUGCGCUCGAAUACACGGUGUAUUCCAGUU